AUGAGGUACACCUCAGUCGUGGGCCUCGCUACGGCAUUCCUUUCUCUCACCUUCCCUGUGAGCAUUGCCGCAGACCCCCGGUACUGCAACAACAAAACACCCAUCGACGCCAAGGACUUUACCCUCGAGCAAUCCCCCGACAAUGCGCAUGUGGCAGCCCUGGCAAAGCAUUUCGAGUCCACUCACAAAAAAGUGAGCGUCACCGGCGUCCUCGCCUCCGCCAAUCGCGCUCUGAGGAAAGGCUCGCCGCCAGUCGGCUCGGGGUCUCCAGUCGAGGCUUGGGAAUGGAACGCGGGCGACUACAAGGGCAUGGAGUGGACGCCGCAGGGGAUCACCAGCUCGGCUGAUGCGCUUGGGUCGGGUAAGUGGAAUGACCACGAGGCGUGGAUCGUCAGCUGGCAUAACAAGGAUGGGUCCAGCGUGCGGCUGAGUUUUGUUGAUCGCAAAACGCAUGAGUAUCGGCAUGUGCUGCUGGUUUACCCUACUGCCGACGAUGAUUUCAAGCCGAUCCAUAUCCAUGCUGGUGGGAUCCUGUGGUAUGGGAAUGUGCUCUAUGUUGUCGAUACCAAGAAUGGGAUCCGCGCAUUUGACCUGCAGAAUCUGUGGGAGGUUGAGGUCGCAGAUGGAGUUGGGAAGAUGAAGGAUGGAAAAGGGUACUCGGCUGAUGGAUAUCGCUACGUGCUUCCUCAAAUUCGUUGGUACAAGUGGACCCCAGGCGAAUCCUCGCCCUUCCGUUUCUCGUGGAUUGCCCUCGACCGCAGCGACAAGCCCGACACCCUUCUCAUCGGAGAGUUCGUGCGUGAAGGAGAAAAAGACAAGAAGGACCAGCCCGUCCCAAUCCGACUGGUCAAGUACGAGCUGGACGCUGACACCCGCCGGCUGCGCACCAAUGACAAGGGCAUCGCCACGGCUAGCUGGGCUCACUGUAUCGAUGUCAAUCGGGUGCAGGGGGGUGUUUCAUACGACGGCAAGUUCUAUCUUUCGCGCAGCAAUGGCAGAGCCCCAAAGACCGGUGAUCUCUUUACUUGGGAAGAGGGGAAGAAGGCGAACGAGCACAAGGGCUUUUUCAUGGCUGGCAAUGAGGACUUGAGUUAUAACCCUGUUCGCAAGGAGUACUAUACUGUCACUGAGUACGACGGUGGUCGGUAUAUCCUAGCUUAUGGGGUUUAG